CCUGCCUGGGUACAGCGCGCUGAGUGCCACAGCAACCAGAGCGUCUCCUCAUUGUCCUCCAGGUCAGCACCAUGAUGCAGCCUCAAGUCUUCAUUUCAGGCCUCAUACUUCUUCUCCCAGGUGCUGUGGAUUCUUAUGUAGUAGUGAAGGGGGUAGUGGGUCACCCUGUCACACUGCCGUGUACUUACUCAACACGUGGUGGAAUCUUUACCACAUGCUGGGGCCAAGGUGGAUGCCCAUCUUCUCGUUGUGCAAACACACUUAUCUGGACCAAUGGAUACCGAGUCACCUAUCAAAAGAACAGCAGAUACCAGCUAAAGGGGAAUAUUUCGGGAGGAAACGUGUCCUUGACAAUAGAGAACGCUGUCCAGAGUGACAGUGGUCUGUACUGUUGUCGUGUGGAGGUCCUUGGAUGGUUCAAUGAUCAAAAAGUGACCUUUUCAUUGGAAAUCAAACCAGAAAUUCCAACAAGUCCUCCAACAAGACCCACAAUUACAGGAAGACCCACAACUUCAGGAAGACCCACAACUACAGGGAGACUUAUAACUACAGGAAGACCCACAACUACAGGGAGACCCACAACUACAGGGAGACCCACGACUCUGUCAACAGGACCCACACAUGUACCAGCAUCACCCAGAGUCUCCACCUCUACUCCUACAACACCAGCGCACAUGCACACUCACACACCAGAUUGGAAUAACACCGUGACAUCCUCAGACGACUCUUGGAAUAAUUACACUGAAUUGAGCCCUUCAUGGAAGGCGCAGAAGAACAUGACUAGCGGCUUCUACAUCAGCAUCCCCAUCGCUGCCCUGCUGUUGCUGCUGCUUGUGUGCACCGUGGUUAUCACCAGGUACAUCUACAUGAGAAACAAGUCACAGUCUCUAAGCCUGGUAGCAUUCCGUUUCUCUAAGAUUGGAGCUUUGCAAAACGCAGUGGUUUUCCGGUCCCGAGGUGAAGAUAAUGUAUACAUAAUUGAAGACAGUCCUUACCCUACAGAUUGAAUCCCAGUGGCCCUCUGAGGGCUCCUCUACCUGAGACUGCAAAGACAGCAACUGGAUUUGACAGCGCAAACAGCCUUUCCAGCUGAAGGGCUAUUUUCUGUGUCCAUUCAUCCAGCAGUGGUGGAGGGGGUGACCCUCCGCGGUUAAUACUCAAACUCACAGUUCACAUCAUCCUAAUUCUUUUUUCUUUUUUAUUAGUUUUUUUUUAAAAAAAACCAACCCAAAUUCCCACUUUCUCCCCUCCUCCUAUUCCCUCCACACACCCUCCCAUCUUACCCCCCUCUUUUCCUAAGAGACAGUAAGUAACAUUGCCUUGUGGAAAGUCCAAGGCCCUCCCUACUACAUCUAGGCUGAGCAAGGUAUACAUCC